UGAACUUUGCAAUAAUAACAUGAGCAAACACUUUUUGACUACAAAUCUUUGCUUUUUUACGUUUAACCUCAAAUGGUUCUAAAAAUGUACAAAGGGAUUUUCGCUCUGGUAUCACUGGCGUGCAUCUUGCUCGCAGAUCUGCCAAAAUCCGCUGGUGAUAAUCACGUCAUCGUGAGUAAAUGCAGUGAAGAUAUGAAAAUGGAAAAAGACAUGAUGUGCGCGCACACGUUUCUCAGGGAAAUGAAAAAUGGCACCGCAAACUGCAGUCAUGAAUUAAUGAAUUUCAUGGGCUGCAUUAGGAACUUUACACUCGACCAGUGCUAUGGUGAUUACCUGAAAACUCAUCACAGCAUGAUGGAACCAAUGAGACGAAUGGCCGACAUGAAAGCCAGAAUUCACAAUUUUGGCCGCUUGAUGUGUGGUAUGGACGGAAAUGGUUAUAAUGUCACAGGGCUACCUAAGAACAUUACUGACCUGCUGAAAUGCAAGAAAGAGUUUUACGACAAUGGAAAAGGCUGUGCUAAACCGUUCCACGACAAAUUCAAGGCCAAGGCUAAACCAGAGGACUUGUGCAAAUAUUUCAUGAAGGCAAAGGAGUGUCAGGUAGAUUUAAUGAAGAAGUACUGCGCACCGAGCAAGCCCCAAAAGCCUGAUCCCUUUAAUCCAUUCUGUCCCGGUGAAAAAGAUCCGUCCUCUCAUGCAGGAGCAGGAAAACUAAACACGGGUGUGGCCCUCGUAUUUGUGGGCCUUGCUCUUCAUUUUUUGUCGUAAGCCUCUGACUGCGGAUGCACAUGAGUUUUCCAGUUUACACUAUGACACUGUUAGUAGAAUCAUAGCAGACAGCUUGAACAAAAGAAUUUUGCGAAAUCUUUAUUUCAUGUAGAUGUCGAAUGCAUCCGUCCUCACGAAGCUCAAAAUUUUGAAUCAGCAAUUGGAAGAUUUUCCCAGAUGUUAUGCCAAUGACAAAUGUUAGUUUUCAAAGUUAUCAUAUCCAUUUUAUUGUUAUCAUUUAUUAGCCUGCCGUGCUUGGAAAUUCCUUUGCCUGUUUGCUAGCACUGGAAAUGUAUACGUACAAUAAAGCACUUUGAACACAAAUAAUAUGGCGUGUUUGAUUAGUGUUGCAGACAGUAGCCAGCCAUCCGACAGGCCACGGGGUGUGUAAACUUAUUAAGCUCCAUUAUGUUGCAAAGAGAACUCUAUUGUCGGUUUAAG